UAGAUAUUAAACUACCUUCAAUGUUUAUUUACAGGUUCACGUCUCAUCAACAAAGUCUUCGUAUGUCCACGAUGUGGUGAACGGCUUUACGGAGAGUGCGAGCUCAAAUCACACUUGGCAGACAAACACCAUGUAGUCGCUCCCAUCACUGAUGUUGCUAUAUUGUGCAAAUUUAGGAACAUCCUGUUGCAACCAGGUCUGGGGCAUAUUGAAAUAAAUAUGAUCAAGGGUCUAUUCAAGUUCCUAUGGGAAGUCUUCCUUAAAGACAUUGCCAAGAUGCUGGGGUACCGAAGCCCUAAAGCUCAACUGGCAGCCCAUGCAGCAUCUGACCACCACAAAAGUUUUCAGAUGGUGGAAAUUGCUUUGUUUGGCAUGGCCGACGAGCUUCUAUUGCCAUACUUUAGAGAACGUAUGGCAGCUGGUGUAGGAGUGUCGGCUGUGGACUUCAUGGUGUGGAUGAGGGAUGUUGCGAGUCCAAACUUCCUGUUUAUGGUUGAUAUUGUAUUUACAUAUCUUUUGUCUGUUUAUGUUUUCCGUGCUGGGAUUCGACGCAACAACAGCAGUGUCAUCCUGAGUAGUCGCGCUUCCUUUACCGACCUUUUCUAUGGGUUAAACAUGACCCACUACCAAGAGCUAGAGUUGACGGACUUAAUGGUUCGCGCUCAGGCACCCCCACAGGUUAAACACUUCCUGGCAGCGACUGAAUCUUUUUCAGUUUCCGGUAAUCACAGCAAAGGUGAAGCUGGUGACUUCAUCCUGGAAGCGAAGAACAGGCGAUGCAAAAUGUGGAUGCCGCCUGGAGUACCUACGGAACAGAGAUGGUUGAGAGUGUGUAGGAACUUCGACAGAUUAGAAGAGAUCCGCGCUAACCUUCUUGGGUUGUUUGAUCUGGGACAAAAGGAACGAGAUAUGCAGCACACCGAUCUUACAACGGAGACCUUCCAAUGGCGGUUGAUAUUACGUAGCAGUGGCUAUUUGUCAGCUCCGAAAGUUACGAGGACACACACCAGCAUAUCCGGGGAAGCGCUAGACGAGGAUUUGAUAAACUUUAAGCGCAACUGCCAAGAUAACCGGAAGGUUUACAACCACAAGUUCUGUGAAGGGAGCAAAGCUAAAUUGACGCCAAUUUUUGUGCUACCUGCCGACCGCACCAAAUUUCACCAUAUAUCGAGGAAAACCAAAGGGGAGUUAGAAGUCAUGCUUUUGGGUCUUGAAUAG